UUCGCACUCCACCCACGGAAAUAAAGUGUGUUUAUCUUUCUUGUUUAUAUGGAAAAUAACUCAAUGCUGCGCAUUGCAAGGGACUUUCCAAAUAUCCUAACAACAAAAUUCAUUUAAAAUCCUUUUCAGUUUGCUCCCACAUCCUUGUUUGUUAAGUUCACUUAUUAGUUUGUGUCCUUCAACAACCACAAAACCAAAGAAAAAAAAGAAAAGUAGACAAGGAAUUACAAUUUGUAUAUUUAGCUGCAUAUUUUAUUAAAAUGGCUGAGCCAAGUGGUCAAUAUACCAAACUACCGCCAGGAUGGGAUUGUAAAUUUGAUCAAACUACAGGAAAUUGUUACUAUAUAAACUACUUCACCAAAGCUAUGCAGCUUGAAGAUCCCCGCAUCCGUUACAAACAACUACAAAAUGAAAAGUGCUCAACUGAAUCAAUUCCGAUGCAGCCACUGCAUGGUUCUCCCUACCAUGUGUAUCCGACAAAUAAUUUUCCUGCUAUGCGAGCUUUCCAAGGACCCAAUCCGAGUUUGUAUAACAUAUCUGCCAGUCCUCUUUUGUCGACAAAGAGUCAACUGCAAAUGGAAAUGUCUCCAGUAUCACAUUUGAAAUCAUCUGCACCACAAACCCCACGUACAGGAAAUAUGUCACGUCGUUCAACCAUUCAGGAGACAUCAUUCUCAAGUCAAAUUGACACCGAUGCUGUGGUGGCAAAAAUUCAAAAUAUGUUUCCCACCGCUGGAGAAAAUCAUAUCCGUUUGCUGCUUAAAAAAUACUAUAAUCGUGAAGCGGUUGUAAUAAGUGCUCUGCAGGUGGAAAAGCAUCCAGUUACAAUGCCAGGACCAUUUGUAACACCACCAUCACAACGUCAUCUGUUCCACAGUAACUCUGCGUUUCAGAUGACACCACCGGCUCGUCGUCCUGAUAUUGGGGCGGGCAGUCAAUCCCGUAUGUCAAGAACAGCAAGCCCAAUACCGGGCGGACGAUUCGGUAGUGUCCUGAGUAUGCAUAGCAGUCUUGGAUUCGCCGGCCAUGGAUCACCAAAAAUUGGAGAAAUUCGUAAUUCACCAAAGCCACAUUCAUCGCCCAAGAUGAAGUUGAGAUACAUGAAGAAUAUCUUCCCUAAGGCCGAUGAGACUUUACUUCUGGACAUUCUUGCCAACUCUGACAAUAAUGUCCAAAAAGCCUCUGAAACACUUAUUGCGAUGGGCUAUGUUAAACGGGAUGUUGCUCCGCCACCAAAACUCACAAAUCGUGGUGAAGGAAAACCCGUCAAUAUGGAAGGUGAAGAGUGUAAUAAAAUAAUACCCCUUCGCCCAAAAGUCUACACAGAAGAGGAAAAGAAACAAAUGAAAAUUCGACUUCAAGAAAAAUUCAAUGACAUUGCCGAGCGAAUAAUUUCCAUGGCUUUGGAGAGUGUGAAUUAUUCCGAGGACAGAGCUACACAAAUUUUACAAAUCGUACACGAUGAGGAUGAAUGUCGUGCCAAAAAAGAAGCCGAUGCAUUGCAAUGUGCAUUGGAGGAUGAUUUAUGUGUUGACGAAACACAACCUGGAAGUAGCAACUUACAAGUACCAACAGCAAUUUCAACAUCCAUCUCCAAUAAAUCAGCUCAAAUUGAUAAUUUGAAUUUAAGUAGUGAACAAAUCAUCCCUGUUCCCAUCAUAACCCUUCCAACACCAUCGCCAACAAAAACUUCAACAACAACAACAACCAACGAUGUCGAAAAUUCCAACGCCAAGGAUAAUCAUCGUAAAAACUCAAAAGUCCACAUCAAGAAAAGCUCUCCGAAAGAAUCAAGCGAAGCUGAACAAGAUAUUUUGCAUAAGCAAGAAUUUCAAUCGAUUCUGGGACGUAUUGCCACAAUGGGACACAAUACUGAAUACACUAAGGGACCUGAUGAUAAUCUACUUCUGGCCGACUAUGUUACCUGGAAUGGUGCAAAUCCCGAUAUCUCAUUGGGAAGGAAAAAUAUUGCUGUGGGGCCAGAUCAAGCCAUUAUUCAAGAUCAUUCAUAUUUAGCCAACGGGCGAAAUCCCGACUUAUGUAAGGGACCCCAAGCCGGAUUGGCCAAAGGGAGCAUUUACUCUCAAUUAAAAUCAUCAACUAAUACCAAUAUAAAAUGCAAUUAAAAACACAAACUGUUUCAAAACAAUCUUCACUUCAUUCAACAACAACAAACAAAACUUAUAUUCAUCGCAAUAGCAUUUACAUAAUUGAAAUAAUCGAAUUUAAUCUUAUUAUUGGCUAAUUGUUUUUCUUGCUUAGUUAUUUUUUUUUGAAACAAAGCAAUAAAUGUGCCAAUAAUAUUCUUAUAACAAAUCGGUCCGUUUUAAAAACAAAACAAAACAAAUUUUAUACUAACCUACCUAUUUACAUAUUAAUGUAUUCCAUCCACGAAUCUUUUUUCCUUACAAUUUAAAAAAAAAAACUUCUUACUCGUAUUGUCGUCCUGUAGAUGUGUAUUAUGUGAAUACAAAAAAAAAACUAAACUAAUUGGGGUUUAAUGCAAUAUUUUGUACUCAGUAUUAUUAUUAUAAUGAAUAAUAUUAUCAUUUUUUUCUAAAAAAAAAAAAACUAAAUAGUUUUAAUCGUAUCAUUCCAAUGUUAGCUAAUUUACUAAAACAUUUAAUGUAUUGUUUUGUUUUUUACAAUUUUACCGAUUCUAUCUUAUUUGUUUGUCUUUGUUAAGUAAAAUAAUUAUAAACGAGACCAUAAUGUAUGUAUAGUAUAUUCUUGUAUUCUUAUUGUUUUCUUUUUUAAAUAAAUAAAUUACUACUUGUCUGUA